AUGACCAGUUUGUCACCAGCAUUAAUAGCGGUAAUAUUACUAUUAGUUUCUAAUAAAUCUGUACCAUGCAAAGGUCAAUGCCUAACUGGAAAUGAUAAUCCAGUAACAUUACGAAUAGAUGCUGCUCAGAAAUUAAGUGAUGCACGAUUUAAUUUUGCCCUUGAAGCUUUGAAACGGGUUGCUGACAUUGAUACUCAGGAUAAUAUUUUCUUCAGUCCGCAUAGUUUAUACGAGGCUUUAAGCUUAGCUUACUUUGGAGCUCGUAAUACUACAGAAGCAAUUCUUAAAAAAGCGCUUAAUAUACCCGAGGAUUUUUCUAAGAUUGAUGUACAAAGAUUUUAUGCAUUUAAGAAGUCAUUGGAAGAGGAACGCAAGAUAAACUCAUCUGGUAACUAUGAUUAUAAAGUAGCAAAUCACUUAUGGCUAAGUGAAGCGAAGAAAGUUCGCGAAUGUAUGCUCGAUUUUUUUGGUGGAGAUAUUGACCGAGCAGAUUUCAGACAAAAGGCUGAGGUAGUGAGACUGCAAAUUAACGCAUGGGUGAAAAAUACUACUCAUGGGAACAUUUGUGAUCUGCUACCUAAAAAUGCUAUCGAUGAAAGUACCGAUGCUAUUUUGGCAAAUGCUGUUUAUUUUAAAGGACUGUGGCAAAGUAGAUUUUUAUUCAGUAAUACAAAAAAAGAUGUGUUCUAUCUUGGCCAAGAUAAUAUGACUAUUGUGCAAUUUAUGAAUCAGAAAGGGUCAUUUAAUCAUAUGGUUUCUGAGGAACUCGGUGUACACAUCUUACAGCUGCCCUACAAAGGAGAAGAUAUUUCGAUGUAUAUUUUACUGCCGCCAUUCGUAUCCAGUCAGCAAAAUACUGCAUUACUUAAUCAUUCUAAAGUUGAUGGUGUACGCCAGUUGUUACAACGUAUCUCCGAUAAUAUAGACAGCGCUGCUGAAUUACGAGACAUCCUAGAUAAUGGUAUGCCGUCCCGUGAUGUUGAACUUGCUAUUCCCAAAUUCAAUCUAGAGCGUGAACUGCCAGUUAAAGAUCUUUUGCAAGCUAUGGGCGCUGGAGUUAUUUUUGAUUCUUCGGCUGAUUUUAGAGGUUUUACUGCCGAUGGCGAAACUAGUGUACAUUUAGGCGAUGCAAUACAUAGAGCCAAAAUUGAAGUGACUGAAGAUGGUACAACAGCUGCCGCCGCAACAGCACUCUUUAGUUUUCGAUCCAGUAGGCCCACAGAACCUGCUUAUUUUAUGGCUAAUCAUCCUUUUGCAUAUUUUAUAUAUGAUAGACCAUCCCAAUCAGUAUUGUUUGCUGGUAUUUUUCGAAAACCUAUUAAAAAAUAA